CGCGAAGGCCGCGAAACAUUUGAAAGUUUAGCGUCAACAUGGCGGGGAUAUUGUUCGAAGACAUUUUUAAUGUGAAGGAUAUCGACCCAGAUGGAAAGAAAUUCGACCGUGUGUCCCGGCUCUUCUGCGAGAGCGAGUCAUUCAAGAUGGACCUCAUCUUGGACGUCAACACGUGGCUCUACCCUAUGGAAUUAGGUGACAAAUUCCGACUGGUGUUGGCGACAACACUGCGUGAGGAUGGCUACGCCGACACGGGCGAGUACAACCCCCUGGCGGAGAACGAGCCCUCCAGGGCGGACAGCUUCGAGUACGUGGUCUUCGGCAAGAUCUACCGCCUGAUGAACGAGUCCAAGGAGAGGGACAAGGACAAGGAUUUGCUCGAGUCUUCAAACAGACUGUCAGCGUACGUGUCUUUUGGAGGUCUGCUGAUGAGGCUUCAAGGCGAUGCUAACAACUUGCAAGGAUUUGAGGUGGACCAGGCUAUCUACCUCCUCAUGAAGAAACUAGCGUUUUAAUUUUCAACGCCACCUGCAUUUUCAACUGUAUAAUUAUAUUCAACAUGAAAACAACCUCGAGUGGUCGCACUUUUCAAAUAUUGUAUAAUUUUAACUCUAGGAAAGUCAAUAAAACGACAAAAUGUCUUUUCUAUAA